AUGGCAGUACCAAAUACGAGGAAUAGAACUGUAAGUAACAGUAUAGAAGACUUACUAAAAGAGAUUUCGGAAAAACUAUCACUUUUAAUUGAAAAGAUUGAUAGCAACCAUGAACCAGUAAAACUAAUUCUUGACACUGUCAACCAACAUUUCGAAAACAUGAAAGACAAUCGUCCAGAUGAUAAUGUCGGCAUGGAAUCCGCUGCAAAUAACAUGCAACUGGAGAAGGAAAUCAGCGUAAAGAAAAAUAUCAUUAUUCGGACAUGGAAAAGAAAUCUCAACGAACGAAAACAGGCAUUUUGGAAUGCAUUUAAAACGGAAAAUACAGUCGACAUCUAUAAGAAUUGGAGACGACUGGACCUACCUAUAAUGCCUAGAAAAUUUCGCAUAAAGGAAAUUGCAGGGGAGGAUGAAACUGAAAGGGCAAUCAGAGAAAAUUUAGCUGCACAAAAAUUUGAUGCAGAAAUCGCACUCUUGGAGACCAGAUCAACCAGAUAUACUACGCGAUUUCAAAAUAUUGAUAUUGAAAUGGAGCAUGAAAUCAAGAAAAUCUCGACCGGAGAAAUCCAAACCCACUUAUUGGAGAAGUGGAAAAAAGACACAGAUGACGAGGAGGAAAAGUCAAAAUAUAUCUGGGCUAAGAAGAAGCUUUUCUAUGACAAUUAUGAGGAAAAUUAUGGGACCAUCAACUUGGACAGAAAUCAAACACCUAAAGGAAACAAAUCAUUCAAACCAAACAACAGAAAUCAACGAAGAAACAACAAUACAUAUGCCGAGGUUACAAGAACGAAAUAUACUCAGCACAUGGAUCAAGGAAACAACCAAAGGUUGAGAUCAUCUGUAAAUGUCCAAAGACAACAUAGGAAUCUAAACCAAAGGUACCGGGACCAAAGACCUGUAGAAAUAGGAUAUUGUGAGGAAUCUCCAGGUGACAAUCACAUGAACUACAAACGAAAAUAUAACAGCAAUGAUAACAUCAACAACAACAGCCGCAACAACACCAACAACAGCCAUGGUAAGCCUUUUUUGUGGAGGGGCAAAAUUCAGAAAUACCGCUGGAAAUGUUGGGCAUAA